AUGAUGCCGAUCUCUGCUACCAUAGACUCCAAGUCGUUUCCGUUUGACACGACGCCGACGUAUGCCUCGCUGGACGCCUACCAGAUGGACCAGAGGGCUCUUCCCACAAGCCCUUUCAAUGGAGCUGUGAAACGCGAUCAGAUGUUCGAUCAGCUGCUUUUGGAUCCUCCUUCUCCUACCACCAGCCGCUUCGAUGGUAUGUGGCCCACUUCAAAUGCUCAAGCAAACGCUUCAAGCUCUUGGACUCCGUCAGCUGGCAUGCCCGACGCGUUUGAUGGGGUUGGCAACUCGUUGGUCAACGAUGCGUCUUCGGACUGGUCCGACUUCUUGAUGCCACUGCUCGCUACCGUAGCAACAGACUUCUCGAGUGGCUCAGCAACCAAGUCCGAGCCUUCUACUUGCAGCUCAUCAACUGACUUUUCCAUGUCUUCGACGGCUGAUGCAUCCACCGCUCCUCAACAUUCGUCGAGUGGCGACUCGAGCAUGUCUUCGGGCUUGCCUGUCAGCACAGCGACGUGCACGGCUAUGCCCGCUGCACAAAAUCACCAGGUCACCACCCAAGACGCUUCCGUCCAACCCAAGCUCGAAAAACAAUGCCAGCCACCAUCGCACAAUGUCAACCAGCAAAACGCUUUCGCAUCCUCGAACCAGGACAACAAUUGCCCUCAAGUGCACAUCAUUGCCUCUUGGCUGGAUCAAGACGCUGACAGAAAUACGGGCCAUCGCCAGCACAACCGCCAUCAGAAGCAACAAAACUUGCCACAGGGCCAGUCUUGCACCAACAGUGGUAGCUCAAGUCGUCAAGUCACUCGACCCAAUUCCCCCAAUCACCAGCGAUCACGCCCGCAGCUACGAUCUCGAAGCAGCACUGGCAACGGCUACACUUGGCCGUCGGUGGAUCCGCAGGUCUUCCUAUGGGCAGCGUUCAUGAUGAAUGGCUUCCAGCAAGCGCAAGCUGGUACGGCGACCGCUUCCCCCAUGUCCGACUACUCGGCAAUGGAAUACGACGACGAACCGCAAGCGCAGCACGGAUACCAUGCCACCGAGAAUUGCAACGUUGACGAUGCAAUGGACGGGACAGGCGAUUUCUGCAAAAAAGAAGACAGAAGCCAGUCGGCCGAUUGCGGUUUGUUGCCGCGACCACCGUCUAACUCCCCUGAGCCGCAUCCGUACCCGCUUGAUCCCAUGGCUGCAUUUGCGCGAGCAGCAGCUGAAAGUAUGGCUAUGUCGUAUUCGUGGCCUAUGCCCAUGCCCACCAACAUGAUGGAGCUGCAGCAUAACCCGGCUCGCUCCAACUCGACGUUUGGUCGUGUCAGCCAACGUCAUCAUCAGCCACCCCCAUCGCAUCGACAGAGGUCUCGCACCUCAGCCUCGUCGAUCAGCAACACCAACGCAGCACAUCGCAAGCACAAGGUGGAUGCAGUUCGUCAAUCCGCAGUGCGCAGUCGAAGACAGUCCUUUGUAGAGCCGCGGCAGUGCGCAAGUCAGAGCCCAUCCUCGCCUUCCGAGUCGACGGCAGCGACGGAUGCUAAGCUCACCAAGCCACGGGCUCAGUCUGCCGGUCGAUCACAUGUGACGGAGCGACUGCCUCAUUUGCAUACAUUGUCGUAUUCCACUCCACCGGAUACGAGCUCUUCGGUCUCUGCUUUGACCAGCACGACAACUACGACCGUCUCCACUGGCGCCAGUAGCGUAGCUAGUAGCAUCAGCGGUCCGAGCAGUGCAAGCAGCGGUAUCGGCAACGCGAGCGGAUCCUUGAGCUUCACAAUCACGGACAAGAUCGUCCUCAAGCCACGUCCCGGAUCAGGCGACGAAGAAUUGGCGUACCCGUGCGCGACCAACUCGCUCUUGGAAAUGCAGAACAACGAGGGCCCGAUCGUUGAUGCUCAGCAACAAGCCGAGGAGGCCGUAGAGAAAGUGCAAAACCUGUUCCCAAGCGAUCUCUACGCCCCGCGCUUCACACGUAGAGGCACGUGUGGACGCGAAGGCUGGUGUUCGCUCUGUCCGCAGGGCGAAUGGUAUUCGAUGAAACGCAGCCAGUACCUCUACCACAUGCAGUUUGACCACGGCAUCAGCAACCUCACGCGCAGACUGUUUCACCCUCCGCAAACGCUGCGUGUCUGGAACGACGCGGUCAGCAAAACUGACGGACUGUGCCAUCAUUGCAACAAGUGGAUCCCAAUCUGCUUUGGGCCUCAGCGAAAGAGAGACUUCAAGGCUUGGUUCAAGCACGCUCGAAAAUGUCAUCGUGAUGACACGGGCUGUCCCAUAUAG